AAAACUGUGAUUAGCGGCCUUUAUCAGUGCUUCCCUGAAAUAUUGCAUGUGACUGAAACUCGAAAUGGCUUUGGGAAAGAAUAGUAAGCUGUUGUGUGGCCUUCUGAUUUGCUUAAUAAAUUCAGCAAGCCCGACAUCCGAUGCAGGGAAACCAAAACUGACUACAAAUACAGCUUAUGAAGGAAAGUCAAAUCCAAACAAUUUUGCCACUAUAUUUUCACCCCGGAUGGACUUUGAUCAAUGGAAACCGUUGACUGGACGCGGAGAUCCUUUACGUAAUGAUCCGACUUAUGAUUACGAACCACCUGUGCUAGAAAAAGUACAUUAUUGGGCAGAUGAUAGCCGCAUCGAAAGAGAAAAAAAUUCAGAACGAAAGUCCGAAGUUUUAGUGCUUGGAAUUUCUUCUCGGAAACCUAGUGUUGCCUCCAGACCACCUAUGCCACCAAGAAGGCAUACGAGACCACCUACAUUUCCAUCGCAAUAUGAAGAUUUCUCUUAUAAGUUUGGGAAUAAUUUCCCAAUGACUAUUCUGGUGCCGCCACCACCGCCUCCGCCUGGACAUAACCCAUCUUUAUUUGUUAUUUCCCAAGAAAAAGUGUUGAUUCCUACACCUCCUUCUAGAUUAGAAAAUGUUGAUGUAACUGCAAUUACAAGAGACACUACAACAGUUCCAGAACUUGUCACAUCGUAUGCCCUGCAAGAAGCUAAUCUUGUAUAUGAAGCUUCAACAACCAAACAGAACUGGUUCCACGAUUACAAUAAAACAACAAAUUUCCCAAAUAAUACUGUAAGCAGCGAUUACGCGGGGUGGGGUCCAACAACACCUUUUGAAGACGUUAAUGAUUCACACAAUAUGAUAUCAUACAAAGAUCACCAUAACAUUGAAUUCACUAAAGAACCUCUUUUUUACUACAAACCUAUGCUUUCGGAAGCCCCACCUCCCCCUCGCGCACCCACAAGUUCUUUAAUUCUAUCCACAUUUCUACCUACUGCUUUACCUCCAACACAAAGCAAUACUGAAGAGACAUGGCCAUCUAGAGAAACGACUCUAGAAACAACAACGGAAACUACAAACUAUUACACAGAAACAACUACGGAAAAAAUAAUCACUGAAACGGUACCUUCCACUCCAAGACCGUUGCUUAAACCUAAACCGAAUAUGAUAGACAUGUUGGGUUCAAUGAUUUCCAUGCCAAUGGUUACAGAUCCGGAUAGACCGGAAGAUAAUUUAUAUGCUCAUGCAUCUGACACUAUACAAAUAUUCAAGGAACCUUCAACAGAAGAUUUAGCCAACUUAGAAAUUAUGCAAACUAUGCAACCUCCUCCAGUUAAAUUCCCAGAAAAUACUACGCCACACCUGAUUGGUAAAUUUAAUGUAAAACCACAUGAUUUAAAUAAUAUGCUCCACGAGAAACCUGUGAUGCAUACGCAUGAUCCCUAUCUUCACAUGCGUUAUACUACCCCAAUGUCUGCUACCGUAGCUCCGUCCCAGGCUGACAUUCGGUCUACAACUGAAGCACAAUUAUUACCCACCUACUUAAUCAUACAAGGACAUUCAAAAGUUAAAACCUAUGGAUCCAAACCAAAAAUAAGUGGCACUAUUACUAACGAAAUUCCUCAUCCUAAUGAAACAACUGAAGUAAAGCACUUACAUCCAAUUAAGGAUAAACACGCAAAAAAAUCUGAUAAAACAAAUAAGAAUAGAGAGGCCAGGACACAAAAUUUAAGAUCAUUGCUGGAUAACGGUUUAGGAUCAAUAGAAAUACAAGAGACUGAUGUAGGUAUAAAGUACGAUGUGAGUGAUGGAAGUGAGGUGCCGGUAGAAAUAUACAGAAAAGGUAUUGUUGAUAAUGAUGAAAAUAAUUAUUCUAAAAGCAACAUCAAAGAAAAUCGUAAUAAGAGGCAAAUAGACCUAGACACUAUACUGUCUUUUGAUGAAGAUUCGUUGGAAGAUCUUGUUUACAAUUUUUUUAAUAAUAAAAAGAAUGAAACAGGAAUGAGUGGACUAAUAGCUCAAGCUAUAGCUGAUAGUUCAAAGUCUAUAGAAAAUAUUGAAAAUGACAAUGAUCAAGAAGAAAAUACAAAUAGAUAAAUAUUUUCUAUAACAACCCAUAGCAUCAAUUAACACCAAUUUUAGACAUGGAAUUACAUUAUAGAUAUACCCACUUAUCAUCUCUUUAUUAUGACACCCAUUUAUUGAGAUACUGACAGAAAUAUCAUUCAACGACUGCAUUGCAUCUGCAAAAAACAACAAGUUUUUUUUUAUUAUCCAAUGUCACAAAAAUUUGCAAGUACAAGAGUGCUUGUGUUACAUAUAUAAUCAACGCUAUGGAUACAAAACAUUCUGAGAGUCCUGGGACGGACAAACGUCUAUUGCCCUAAUGCUAGCACGCAUUUCACCUCCUUUUCGUCAAUGUGCACUGAUCUUAAUUAGUCGCUCGAACCAUAAGAUGGAUAGACGUUAGAUAGAGAUCAGUAUCAUUACCUGAAUGCAAGGUAAAGUUUCCCUAUAUGAAAGCAUUAGGAUGAAGAAUGACAGAGUGAAUUGGAAACGGAGAGUCAUCGCAUUACAACACUGAGAAGACCACGAGAUUUCACUGUCAAUAGUUAAACGAAUCAUUUACGAAGAAGACCUACCUACAUUAAAAAUGAAUAGGUAGGUAACCAAAAAUUUUCUGUUUCUUCAUACCAAUAUAGUCUUAUAUCUCAUGAG